AUGGGACCAUAGUUGGGCCAUUGAUCCGGCGCUCACACACUCUAACCAGGCCUCGGCUUUGAAGUUUUAACAAUCCUCUGGCAAACGAAUUCUCUUCUCCGCUGCACAACAACACCAUCACCAGCCACCAUGGUUAGCGUUCUAACUCAGGAGCGUCUACUUGGUUUUGCGCUGGGAAGCAUAUUCACGGGGAUUGUUGUAUUUGAGCAACGCAGAAGCAUCUAUAAAUCCAUUUCUGAUACCCAAUCUCAAUCCACUACGCGCUCUCUGAUGAGAGAACCCAUAUUUGGAAAGAGAUCUCGCUCAGAGUUUGCACAUCUGUGGAACAAAGCUGUGGACCAGACGUUUGGACCCGUUAUUAAUUCCCUUAGUUCACGUGGGUGGUAGAAAUGCCCGAGUAUUUCAUUACCAAUGUAUGAGUGUCUCUGUUUUUGUAUACACAUCCAACAUUCUGCCCACAUCUGUAUCUUUAUACUUGUUCUGUGUUGUGCAAGGGACACGCGUCCUGGGCCAAGCGGCAAUGGUUAAAGACCUAUGUAAUAAUUUUGGCUGCAAUGAUUAUUUCUUAUUUGAGUAA